AGGGCUGUUGAUGUCAAAGGAGAUGAGAUCAGAAAAUUUGCAGCCAUCGAGUGGAAGAUGAUGAUGAUAAUGAUGACGAUGAAGGCGAUGAUGCUUUAUUUUCAGAGAGCAUAAAGCGGAAGAGAACAAUGUGAGGAGUGAUGGAAUCCAUUGAUCGCCCGUCCCCCUCUUGCUGUUGGAGACCACCAUUGCCAUUUGGAUUUGAGCUGCACGUGAUGUUUUUUUUUCCUCUGAACAAAACUGCCGAGGUGGGAAGAGGAGGUGGAAUCCACGAAUUCGCAAGCCGCUACGAAGGCUCGAUGGGAUUCCCUCUACUCCAUCAAAUGGCCGUUAAUGGAAGCUGAUUCCGCCUAUAGUGCACUGCAGUAGGCCCAGCAGCCAUGGCGGAUUCCCCCACCCAGGCUCUGGAUGCGGAUUCCUCGCCCUUCCCCGACUCCUUUUAUACUCCUUCCGCCUCCCUCCCGGAAGCUUGUGCAUCAUUUCCCUGCCACCAGCCGGAUUGACUUGGUUGCACGCCAGUGUUUUGUUCCGGGAAGGUAGACACUGGGAGUGGAAAUUUCCAACAGGUGUGCUUUGUAAAGGUUCUGUGACAGGUUUUGGGGGAAAAUGAACGCAUUAGUUGCAACAAGCAGAAAUUUCAAACAGGCUGCUAAGCUGCUGGGGUUGGACUCUAAGCUCGAAAAGAGUUUACUAAUUCCAUUUAGAGAGAUCAAGGUUGAAUGUACAAUUCCAAAAGAUGAUGGUACUCUGGCAUCUUUUGUGGGUUUUAGGGUGCAACAUGAUAAUGCCAGAGGUCCUAUGAAGGGAGGAAUCAGAUUUCAUCAUGAGGUUGACCCAGAUGAAGUGAAUGCCUUGGCACAAUUAAUGACUUGGAAAACAGCUGUAGCAAAUAUACCAUAUGGAGGUGCAAAAGGUGGAAUUGGUUGCAGUCCUGGAGAACUUAGUGUCUCUGAGCUCGAGCGACUUACUAGAGUUUUCACACAGAAAAUACAUGAUCUAAUUGGCAUUCACACUGAUGUCCCAGCACCUGAUAUGGGAACUAACCCACAGACAAUGGCUUGGAUACUGGAUGAGUACUCAAAGUUUCAUGGCUACUCACCGGCUGUUGUUACUGGAAAACCCAUUGAUCUUGGUGGAUCGCUUGGUAGAGAUGCUGCUACUGGAAGGGGAGUCCUGUUUGCAACAGAAAGCCUCCUUGCUGACUAUGGAAAAUCCAUCAAAGAUCAGCGUUUUAUAAUACAGGGCUUUGGUAAUGUUGGUUCUUGGGCUGCUCAACUGAUUAGUGAAGCUGGUGGUAAGGUGAUUGCUGUUAGCGAUGUCACAGGAGCCAUAAAGAAUCCUAAAGGUAUUGACAUCGAAAAACUACUCCAACACUCGGCAGAGAAUCAUGGAAUCAAAGGUUUUAAUGGUGGAGAAUCAAUUAAUCCAAGUUCCUUGCUUACGGAAGACUGCGACGUUCUUAUCCCAGCAGCACUUGGAGGUGUUAUAAACAGGGAAAAUGCUAAUGACAUAAAGGCCAAAUUCAUUAUUGAAGCAGCAAAUCAUCCAAGUGAUCCUGAGGCUGAUGAGAUCUUAUCUAAGAAAGGUGUUGUCAUUCUUCCUGACAUAUAUGCAAACUCUGGUGGUGUUACUGUGAGCUAUUUUGAGUGGGUUCAGAACAUCCAAGGAUUCAUGUGGGAUGAAGACAAGGUCAAUGCUGAGCUGAAAACAUACAUGAAUAGAAGCUUCAAAGGCAUGAAGGAGAUGUGCAAGACACACAACUGUGACCUCCGCAUGGGGGCUUUUACUCUUGGAGUCAACCGAGUCGCACGGGCAACUGUUCUCCGAGGAUGGGAGGCUUAAUUCUAAUACCUUUUCCUGAUUACAUUGUCACAGCAAGACAAUAACUACAGGGAGUUUGAACCUUGUUAUCAUCAAAUCUUAUUAUGGUUUGAUGCUUGUCUGUGUCUGGAUUUGGAUGACCAUCAAGUGAUUUUGAUGGCCCUUAUUACACUAAAUGAAUGUGUGUACUAAACUGGUUUUAACAGGUUUGUUUUAAUGGAAGACUACUUAUGAAGAAA